CCAUCUGCCCAAUAUCGCGCUGACCAAGGAUGCUCUCCUCCUCGCGAAGAGGCUGCAAGCGAUUUAUACGUACGAGAGGAUAGACGAAAUAUUUCCAACGCUUGAGACACUUCCAAAUUUGCAUAAAGUGGUUUUCUGGGACGACAGCGAUGUCGAUGAGGUCAAUGGUCGCAGUCCAACUCGUCAAUCACCACCGUCUCCCAACCACCUCCCCUGGGGCUCCUUUGCUUACCAUUGCAUUCGCCCGAGAUUCCACGUUUCCAUAUUACAACGCCUUCUUUACCUGACGUCAUUGGAGUUCGUUGGAGACUUGGGUCUCUUACUCGACGCAAUCGCCAUUCUUCAUGACCUCAAGAAGUUGAGGCGAUUCGCUACGCAUCUGUCCCUUGACGAUAGCGAAGAAAAUCAUCCAUCCAAUCCUAUCUUUCCAUGUCCGUCGGUUCGUUCGUUGGUCAUCACCAUCCACCACCGUAGCCAGCCGGAUAUUCCAAAUUCAACAAGCGAUGGGCGUCCUCUG